AUAUCUGUAAAGUAUGUGAACAAACAGUUUGAAACAACGCUAACAAAAAAUACUAAAGAGUUUGUAGUUAAAUUUUUUUUUCGAAAUUAGAAAAGUGACAUUUAAAUUAUGGAGAUGCAAAUCCAAGAAACUGUUGUACAAGAAGCGAUUGAAAAAACAGGAUUUGGACAAUUCAAUUUAAAAAUUGCGUCACUUGGUGCUCUGAUUUAUACGAAUGUAGUGAUAAGUAUAAUCAGUAUUGGAUAUGUUUUGCCGGCUGCUGUGUGUGAUUUUGAAAUGACGACGAUCGAUAAAGGGCGGAUAGCCAUUGCUCCUGUCUUGGGUUCCUGUUUUGGUUCUCUUUUUUGGGGAUUUUUGGCAGAUCUCAAAGGACGGAGAAUAUCAUUAAUGUCAGCAUUGUUUCUCCAAAGCAAUUCUGAAAUAUUAAUGUCACUGGUUUCUAAUUACUGGGCACUACUUUCCUUCAAAUUUCUAAGUGGCUUUGCAAUAAUCGGUGAAAUAGCUCUUCUAUUUUCCUACGUCGGUGAAUUUCAACCCGCAAAAUAUCAGAAAAAAAUUCUUUCGUGGCUAAGUUUUGUAAUGGUAGCGGGAUUAAUUAUUGUUCCUCUUUUGGCCUGGGCAAUUAUUCCACUACAAUUUGAAUACAGACGUCAUUACUUCUUUUUUCGAUCAUGGAACCUUUUCGUACUUGUUUGUGCCAUACCAGCUGAAAUUUUAGGAAUUUGGCUCAUUUUUUGCCCGGAGACUCCUAAAUAUCUUGCUGAAAGUGGACAGACUGGAAAAUUGCUGAAGGUUCUGACUGAUAUGUACGUUGAAAAUAUUAGAGGAACCCCUGAAGAAUUUUAUAGAACCUUAGAAAACAGUGAGUAUCCUGCUCUGAUAGAACUUGCUAAUUCUUGUGCGAAUAAAUCAACUUCUAAGGAAGAAAAAGCCCCAAGCAAGAAAAAAUUAUGCACAAUGCUAAAGGACUUCAAAAAACAAAGACAAAAUGUCUUUAAAGCUCCUUAUUUGAAAAGAUUGGUUGUUCUUUGUAUAUGUUUGUUUUGUACAGCAUCCUCGUUUUAUUCACUACUUAUGUGGUUUCCUGAGUUGUUCCAAAGAUUUGCUCAUUUUGAAGCUCUUCAUCCAAAUCAAACUGCGAGUGUUUGUAGCAUUUCGAACAAAAAUUCUGCAACAAAUACAACUAUGAUAAAAAAUUCUUUUGAUUGCGUGCAAGAAAUUAAUACGAGCGUCUAUCGGAGUGCACUGUGGCAAGGGCUUACAACAUUAAUUCCUAAUAUUUUAUUACCAUUGCUAGUCGAUAAACUUGGCUUCAGAUUUUUCGCAGUGACUCUUUUAGGAACAUCUGUUUUUGUGACAAGCGGUCUUUAUUUUGCGAAAUCUUACAUGGAAAAUGUAAUAUUAUCCUGUAUUUUUCUAGCGGUUAUGUCAACAUCUUUAAGUGUAAUGUAUUCUUUUCUUGUGAUACUCUUCCCUACAAAUAUCAGAGUAUUUGCGUCAACGAUAUCAGUAUUUACCAGCCGAAUAGGAACUAUUUUUGGAAAUGUUACAUUUACUUAUCUAAUUGACGAUUACUGCACCAUAUUAAUUGUAACCAUAAUUGCUCAAUUAUUAUUGGCUGCAACCCUCAGUUUAACUCUUAGGGCCUGAAGAUAGUUAUAGUUAUAUAUUUAUAAAAAGUUUUGAGUGGCUGCUUCCUGAAUAAGGAUUCCUGAUAUCAUAAUUUGUCGAAUGUCGGCUAGUCUUGAUAAUAAGAAUCUAAGUUUAAAGCGUAGCUAAUGCAUUCAGAAUUUAAAAAAUAUAAAAAUAUAUUCAUAUUAAUAAAAUGUUUAAAAUGUUCAAAUCGUUA